AUGCACUCAUGCAACUUCAUGGAUGUGGUGUCAUUCAAACCAGAUGUUCCCUGGCCAGAGCAGAGAGAUGCAGACUUGCAACGUGGUAUCAUGCUUUGGACUGGUGUGACAAGCAAAUGGAGUGACAGCUGUUCUCUGUUGGGCAAAAUUGCAGACAUGCGCAAUGAGGCCGAGGUGUUCAACAUGUUUGCACAUGUUUUCUCAGGACGUGCACCGGUGACAGUCAGAAAACGUGGCACUGCCAUACUGAGAGUGUGCAACUACUUGGAAUCAGAGAUGUUGGAACUCUUUCCCAUGAAGGAGAUCACUUUUUACAGGUUCCUAUGUCAUGAGCAGUUGCAUGGAGCCCCAGCCAGCAGGUUACAGGGCUACAUACAAGCCAUAGCAUUCUGCCGGCAUGUGCUGGAUGUACAAGAGCUACAGACGGUGCUUGACAGUAAGCGAUGCAGCGGAGUUGCAAGAGAGACGUGCCCAAGGGAAAGGAAGCAGGCGAGCCCACUCACAGUUGUGGAGCUCCAAAAGCUUCAUCAAGUGGUGGAUGAAGCUCCAGACAUUUGGGACGCAAUAUUCGCUGGAGCAGCCUUGCUGUGUUGCUAUUGCAGAGGACGCUGGGGUGACCUGAUGCGAAGUGAGACAGCCUUUUUGGAUGUCGACGACAACAAACAGCCAGCGUAUCUGGAGACUCGCACUGGGCGGCACAAGACCAUGAGUUCGCAGAUGCAUCGACAUCAGUUCCUUCCCAUGGUGGCACCAGUGAAGGGUGUCCAUGGAUGUGACUGGGCAACGCCGUGGAUGAAUCACAGAACAUCCAUGGGCCUAGCUUUCCCGCCGGAAGGCCUCAUCAUGCCUGCGCCAGACAAGAAUGGUGAGCCGACGCAGAGACCGUUGGAAUCAGGUGAGUGCGGCAAAUGGUUGCGCCGCUUGCUGAACGUGGAGGAGAGCAAAACAGAUGGGCCUGAAAGGCGUAUCAGCAGUCACAGCCUUAAGUGUACCAUGCUUUCAUUUGCAGCAAAGCGUGGACUGUCAGUACCUGAUAGACUCAUGCUUGAAUACCAUUCUUCACAGAUGCAUAUGGCCUUGGUUUAUUCACGUGACGGUGCUGCUGCUAGUUUGAUUCUUCUUGAGCGUUUGAUUGAAGAGAUUGCCAAAGGGAAAUUCAAACCUGACAGCACCAGAAGCGGAAGAGUUAUUGACUCUCCCAUGGAACAGCCUGGACCUCAAAAAGAUGCAGUGAAAGUGGAACAAGUCAUGUCAUCUGAUGAAGAAAGGAAUGAUGUUGCACCUGCAUCAGAGUCAUCUGACAGCACGUCUAGCUCCGACUCUUCUGCAGAGGAGGUGCUCAGGGACCGCGGUUUGAACAAAGUGUUUGCCCCGCCGCAACCUCCAGAGGGUUUCUCCAGAUGGCAACACAGCAAGCUAAAGACUGUCCACUUGACUGAGCCCAGGUUCGACUCGCCGAUCUGUUGGGCCUGCUUCAACAAGGCCAGGGCGAGUGAUGUAGCGGCAGUGAACUCAGAGACAGCCGUUGCCAUGGCUCUGGUUGAGAGCAAUGCGGCGUUCAGGCAACGCUGCAGUGAAAUCGACCCGAGUGGGGCAUUUGUAGAUGCCCUGGCACUGCAGAACAUAGUGUCCUUCAGCGGUAUGGCGUUUGCUUUGGGAACGCCUCAGACACCGCCCACGGACCAGCAGUUCACUACGCUUGCACAAGCGGUGUUUGGAGCAAACGCUACCUUGGGGCAGACAUCUAUGAUUAGACGCCUUCAUUUUGAGGCGACCACGUUGAUGAUUGCGUCAGUCAAGCAAAAGGUGGACAGUGAAGCUGCAGACAAGGUUGACAGCGUCAAACGGAUCCCAAUAGCAGAGAAGAAGCACAGGUUGGAACAGCAAGAAAGGCGCUUGGCAGGUGUCGCAAUCAGCGGCGAGCUAGAGCCAAGCCAUCAGCUGCUUGACUUGACCAACAACAUCAUCGAGACUGGGGCGAUAGUCUGGAUAGCACCCAGCCGUUGUACCAAGAGAUCAGAUGAAGUGCAGUUGGCGAUCAGAGACAAACCUUCCUCUGUGCAGAUCGAGAACCAGCAACUGAAGGUUGCACAAGUGCCAGAUGAGUUCAAGGCUGACUAUGGAAGCGAGAUAAAGCUCCAGUGGUGUUGGCAACGACGGGGGCUAGCAAUGGAUCAAUGCAGGUUACUUUCAUGGGCAGUACACGAUGCUUGGGUGCACCAGCUCUUCAGGACAUUGAGCCAAGUGCCUCCACCGGGAUUCCAACAGGUCAAGAUCGACCAGCUUGUGAGAGCAGACAGAGAGAUGUGGACUCUCUUGGCGCAGGAGUGCAAAGGUGGACUCAAGCCAAACAUGGCAGGAGAUAUCCCGUUGGACAGCAUGUUUCCAAGGCUGUGCCAAGACCCGCGCAUCACCAUGUUUCUGCUCCCCACUACGUCGGCAACAAAGGUGACGGACAAGGAGAUUGCACCCAAGAGGACAAAUCCUGUUGGACCACAACAAGCUGCUGCAAAGAGCACCAACAAGAAGCGCAAGACUCGCGCUGAGAAGGGAUGUCCGGAAGAGCUCAGAAAGUUUCAACUACGGUGUGAGCAUGGCCCCGUGUGUUGGGCGUACAACAUGAAGACGGGUGGGAAACGCAAAGCAGUUUCACUGGAUCAGGAGUCGAACAUCGACCCUAGAGCUUGCAAAGUUGGUGGAAAAGGCAAAACUGUUGAAGACAGAGGCCGCUACACACCUUCAGUGUCAUCAGGGGCGAAAGGCAAAAUUGUUGAAGACAUGGGCCGCAGAGCACCUGAAGUUUCACAUGAUCCUCAACACCCUAAGGGUACUCAAUUGGGGAGCGCUGCAACAAACUACCACCAGAAAUUCAGUGGCAAACUUGUCAGCGACCUCAUAUUUGUGGAGAUAUGCGCUGGAAGUGCAAAAUUGACGCGCACUGCGCGCGAUGCUGGAUUCACAGGGAUUGCCAUCGACCAUACUAGCAGCAGGUCUUGUGGCGUUGAUAUUUGCAUCUUCGAACUUGAAGACCAAUCCCAGGUGGAUGAGCUCUGCAACUUCCUGGAGGCUGAAGCAGCCAACAUAGCGGCCAUAUGGAUAGCACCGUCAUGUGGUACGGCCAGCAGAGCGCGAGAGCGCAGGCUUCCGCAGCUACAACAACUUGGAGUAGAAGUGCCAGUGCCAUUACGGUCGGAGACACAACCAGACCAGCUUGAUGGACUGAAUGGCACAAAUAAAGUCAAGGUCGAAAAGGCCAACUUGCUUUAUAGCGCGGUCGAGCAGAUCACCAGGACAGCAUGCAGGGCGGGCAUCUUCACUGGUAUUGAAAAUCCCGGCAACAGCCAUUAUUGGGGCACAACACCGAUGGCAAACAUCAUAGCAGAGUUUGGCAGCAAGUAUGUAAACUUUCACAACUGCUGCCACGGUGGUUGGCGUGACAAGUUGACUGCAGUUUGGGUCAACGAUGAUUGGCUUGAUUCAUUGGAAGCCAGGUGCGACAAGUCCCAUGAGCACAAAUCGUGGAAAGUGACAAUUUCAAAGCAGAAGGUGCAUUUUCCUACGGCUGAAGAGGCAGCCUACCCCUCAGUGCUGUGCCAGCGCAUU